AUGGUAAGAGUAAACGCCAAAGGAUUGCGAGGCGCUGUUAGUGCCCGAGAUGUGGUUCCUCAGCCGUUGGGUUGCGUACGGCGCAGGGCGAUCACUGACGGAUACGAGGUGACCAGCAGCGGCGAGCGAUCUGACGACGGCAGGCUUGCGCCAUCGGCCAUAAACCUUCUGACUCGAGGCCACCGGGCGGCGGAGCAAGAUACGACAUGCGGAGGCUGGCACAUGUUCAAAACUGGGCUUUCGCCUCAAGAUGCAGGCCUAGGGCGCUUUGCUGCCACAGCCGGCGGCUUUUCUGCCUUAGAAGCAGCGAGCAGCGCCUGUUCGCCGAGGUUGGCCAAGCGCCCAUGGCCACGCCUGCAAGAAACCAAAGGCCCGCACGGCACACGCUGCGACAUGCAAUCUCCCCCACACCUCCCCCCAGCCUCAACCGCGGGGCAGGACGUGAUUGAGCCAAGAUUGACGGACGAGGCAGAAAUGCCAGCGCAGUCAUGCCGAGCCAUCUCUGUCCUCGCCGUUGCACCCCUGCCAGGCCAUGUUCGUCUUGUUCAUGGCCGCCCGGCCAAUCGCGUGCGCGCCUCCAAGCCAACACCCUUCCCGGCCCAAGACGUGUACCAAGUAUAA